CCCAGUAUGCUGAUGCAAACCUUUCCACACUUGUAAAGGUUAGGAUUAAACCGCACAGUUCCUCCUCCAGUUGUCAUGAAUUUUACUUUAGGGGGUUUAAUAGGGUAAUCUGGAGGACAUCUUACAAUAAAGUAAAAAUAUCCACCUUCAUAGGGAGUUUCAAAGGAACCCGUGAUCAAUGCAUGUAUCAAAGUCAAAUCUUGUUCAUCCUGUAUUACAAAUAUCCCAGGGGGUGGGUCAUUGUAAAUUGCAAGCAUAUCCCUAGAAAUGUAACAAAGAUUACAAAGGAAUAGAAACCAGAUGAAAUGAUUUAUUUCUAUGUUAAUAACUGUGUACCUUUUAACCCUAGAAACACAUUGAAAAGAUCUUGCAGGAUCAGGGGAUGAAUAAUUAUGUACUUGUUGAGGUGCAACAUUAGUAGUCACAGGAACCUGAGUAGUAUUCGUAUUUGAUGUUGAAACAGAAGUUGGGUCCCAAUCAGGAGGAGUCGUAUCAUCAUCCAUAGAUACCGAAAUUUCUGUACUGGUGGGUUUUGACAUGAUUCUUUUAGUUAACUACCAUUCAUAAAUCGUGAUUGGAACAGUUCAAAAACUUUGUUUUGUCUAGGAAUUAAACCCUAACAUGAAGUUCAAACUUUGAAGAGAUAGGCCAUAUCAGCAACUGACACUAGCAGUGCAGCCAAAUUCAAAAUAAAAACAACGAGAAUUACAGGAACAGGUGUGCUGCCAUUGUAAAAUAAUUAUAUAUUAAAAUACCAACAGGAUAUAAAAAUAACUAAUAAUUUCAACUUAGGAAUCCAUUAUAUUAAAGAAAGACAAUUAAUAAAACAGUAGAUUUCGACUGUUUAUUUGGAACAUUAAAAAUUAUCUAAUUGAAACAAAUUCGAGGUAUGUGAAAUUUAUUUAGAUUUACAGUUUGUGGUUGUGGGAGGAGAUUGACAAGGACAACUCCCCUCCUUAGCUGUCGUUUAGUUUUAUGAUUUGUGUAAUAAUUCCCAAUAGUCUAACAAGGAGAUACUUGCUGGUAGGUAGGUCCACUCUAUAUAUAUUUGUUCAGAAGUGACAUUUAUUUUCAUAAUUUAUGGAAUAACUUUUUAAUUUUAUAAUGUAUGUCUCAAGUUUUUAAAUUUAAGUAAAUAUAGGAAUUUUAUUUCAACCUAAAAUCAAUUAGCGAUAUAACUAGAAUCAAACGAUUUUUAUAAAAAAAAAAAAAAAACUAUUUUACUGAUUACAGGAGGUAACUUGACUGUUACCUGUCCGUACCUUCCGCCACCACCUAUUUGACAGUUCUCUUGAAAGAUGCCGAACAUUGUAAAUGAAAUCAAAUUGGACUUUAAAGAUGUACUUCUUCGUCCUAAAAGAAGCACAUUAAAAAGCAGAGCUGAUGUAGAUCUGUUCAGAGAAAUUACAUUUAGAAAUUCUAAGCAAACUUAUAAGGGUGUCCCUUUAAUCGCUUCAAAUAUGGAUACUGUUGGAACAUUUGAAAUGGCUAAAUCAUUAUCCAAGCAUGGAAUGAUGACAGCUGUUCAUAAAUACUACCAGCCUGAGGAAUGGCAAGCAUUUGGUGAAGCUAACCCUGAAGUUUUGGGUCAUGUUGCAGCAAGUUGUGGUCUUUCUGAUAAUGAUCUUAACAGACUCAAACAAAUUCUUGAUAUUUUACCUGCUAUCCGAUUCAUUUGUUUAGAUGUUGCAAAUGGAUAUUCACAACAAUUUGUGGAACAUGUUCGACGUGUUAGAGAAGCUUAUCCUAAUCACAUUAUUAUUGCAGGUAAUGUGGUGACUGGUGAGAUGGUUGAAGAACUGGUUUUGUCUGGAGCAGAUAUUAUCAAAGUUGGUAUAGGACCAGGAUCUGUAUGUACUACACGUAUCAAAACAGGUGUUGGAUAUCCUCAACUCUCUGCCGUAUUAGAAUGUGCUGAUUCAGCUCAUGGUUUGUCAGCACACAUCAUUUCUGAUGGAGGUUGUACAUCCCCAGGUGAUGUAGCAAAAGCUUUUGGAGCCGGUGCAGAUUUUGUGAUGUUAGGAGGUAUGCUUGCUGGACAUGACCAAUCCGGUGGUGAAAUAAGGCAUAAGCCUGAUGGUAGGACAGUCAAACUUUUCUACGGAAUGUCUUCUGAUACCGCUAUGCUUAAACAUCAAGGAGAAGUUGCACAAUACAGAUGUGCUGAAGGCAAAACAGUUGAAGUUGAAUACCGUGGUGACGUGGAGGGUACUGUGUUAGAUAUUCUUGGUGGGUUGAGGAGUGCAUGUACUUAUACAGGUGCAGGAAAAUUAAAAGAACUUUCAAAACGUGCUACAUUUAUCAGGUGUACCCAACAAGUAAAUACGGUUUUUCGUUCCUAGUAGGCUCUGAUGUUAGGUAAAUUAUCUAGUAUGCAUAGUCAUAACUUAAUAAAUACUAUUUAUUAUCAGUUUAGUUGCAUUAUGCAUCAAACUCCAUGAAAUUGAUCUUAUUCACUCAAUCAAAACUAUGUAGCUGCCUACAUAAUUUUAUUUAAUUAUAUAAUUAAAUUAUAAAUUAAAAAUAUUUAAAUUAGAUUUAAUUAUUUAAAUUGCACUUAUGCACUGAUUGCGCAUGCUGGCUCAUGCAAAAUUAUAAAUUAGGAAUGAUAGUCAUCAAUUUAAUCUGUGAUUAAUAAACCUUAUCAUAAUUGCUAUUUUUAAAUAAAUCAAUUGUAUACAGCAUUACAUUGAUUCUAAUUUAUGUCAAUAUUUUUAAAUUGUAAGUCAUAUUUAUAAUGAUGUAAAAAUAUUAUUAAUUCCAAAGAAACCUUUAUUGUUCCCUAUUUACAUAUAUUGAUUGUUGUGUUUGAUUUUGUUAUUUUUUAGUCUUAUUGUUAUGUAAAUACACCCCAAAGGCACAAUCAUAGCAUAAUAUUAUUUUAAUGUAUAGAGGAUAAUAAAAAUUGUUUAUUUUACCUUAUUAUAACUAAAUUAAAAUUAUUAAAUUUUAAUUGAUUCCUUAUCUAGAAAAUAAUGAUUAUUUAGAAAUAUUGGUCUAGAAAGUUAUCGUGGAUGUUAUUAAUAUUAAUGGAAAUAAUGGCGAACAACAUAUAAUUGUUCAAUCCAAAAUAAUCAAAAAAGUUGAAUAAAAUAAUAUGCAGUUUUCAAUACUUCAAAAUUAUUAAUUUUUUUUUUUUAUUUCAAAAAUGAGCAGAAUCAAUAUUAAGGUAUGUCUUGUAUUAUAAAUAAGUAAGUAAUUAGGAUUGUUAAAUUGAAAGAAUUAUAAUGCUCAAUAAGUUAAAAUCUUCUCUAAUAAACGUAGAAAAUCAUUUAAAUUCUUAAUCUGGUUAAUUUUAUAUAUAUAUAUAUAUAUAUAUAUAUAUAUAUUUAUUUAUUUAUUUAUUAUUUUUAGUGCUAUAAUUUAAAUAAGUUUUGAGCCAAUGGUCAUAGAAAAGUUUAAAUUAUUUUAAUCUUUAUUUAACUUUCUUUAUUAUAAAAAAACAUAAAUAACCAAUGAAGUCAAAUGUGGUGACUAAUCUAACGUGAGAAAGAAUACUGACCAUAUCGCCUAAGCACAAUUUUUAUUUAAAAGAAGAUAAAUAAAAUAUAUAUAUUCUGAUCAUAUUGAUUAUCUUCAAUGCCAUAAUAAUUUUUAUUUGUUAUUUAAUCCAAAGAGACUUAUUGACAAAUUUAAUGUUAUUUACAAAUUGCCUAACAUUAUCCUGAGAAAAUACUGAUAACUGUCCAUAAAGAAACCACUUAAUUAGAAUUCAUCACUACUAACUUUAUAAGUCUAUUGAACCUUUUUUUAACCAUUCAUGGACUUGGCUGAGACGGUUCUCAAGUGUUGUCGAUUCUUCUCAAUUCUUAUUCAGUACUAUCUAGAUUCUUGUUCACCUUUUAGGUUUUUAACAAUGUUAACCAUUGUCUAUUGCCCCUGAUCUUUAGCCAAAAUUGCAGACAUGCCAAUAUUUCAUUUAUUUUAUUUUAUAAGUAAAUCAGAUCAACUAAGAUUAUAUCAGUAAAUAUUUACAACCUUCUUCAGCCAAUCAUUGCUCAAAUGUGUUGUUUCUUUUUCUUAAUGCUUCAGGGGUACAGACACUUAAAUUAGCUCAUCAGGAGGUACUGUCACAAAACCAUACUUUCUGGUCUUUUGAAAUAAUUCACAUAAUUGUGAUAUGAUCAAAACAUUUUUCAACAAAUAAUUGUUAUUUGAAUGAUGAAAAACCUCCUGAUGUUAACCAUUGUCUUAAUUGUAAUAUAUUUAUUUAUUUAUCUUGAAUUAAUAUCUGAAUUAAAAUUAAUAAAAUUAUGGUCAUUCUUUUGGCAUCUUCCUUGCACAAAGUAAAAAAUUAAUGUAAUCUUUCUAUUUGCAAGAUUUUUUUUCUCGCAAUGAGAAUUAAAAAUUAACAUGUAGAAAUAAUUAUUUUAAGGCUCCAUGAGAUGAUAUAGACCCCUUUCUAAGUAGGAUAACUUAGUAUAUUUGGUAAUGUAUUUACAAUUUUAGAGAUGAUUAAUCAAUUAUGUUUUUGCACAAUCUUAAAGAAAGACAUGUGUUGUUGGUAGUUAUUUAUAAAUAGUAUAGUUUUAAGCUGAAGUAAUUUAAUGCUGGUUAAAUAAUUAAUAAUUGUUAAUUUUUUUUUUUUUUGUUAAUAGUCACAAAUUUGUUUUUAACAUUUUUUUGUUAAGCAAAAAAUUGAUCUGUUAUGUUAUUUUAAUAUAAUGUUAAAUAGUACAAAAUCUUAGAAAUAGGAUUGUCCUCUACUGAGAAUGUUUUCUAAUAAUUAAUGUUGUGAUCCUAUUUUAUCUUAGCUGAUGGCUACAGUCGUUCAUCAUUAAAAAUCAUUUAUUGUUUGAACAUCAUUGAAUAUUCAAUUAAAUAAUAAACUUUUAUGCUUUUAACAUCCUGUUGUUUAUUUAUUACUUUAAUCCUGAAGUUUUAUUUGAAUCAGUUAAUCAUAAAAAAUAGACUUGGCCAUUACAAUUAUCAAAAAUGUAUAAGUUUUCAUAGCUUUAUUAGGCGUUACAAUCAGACAGUUUUUAUAUGAAACUAGACUUAUUUCAACCAUCAAUCGCACCAUUCAGUUCUUUAAUUAAUUGUAUUUCAGAAAAGUAAACUAAAUACAGUACUUAUUUAAUAGAGGGUAGCGUCCAACUGCUAUCUGCCAAUGUUUAUAACCUUAACACUGAUAAGCUUUUCGUAUUGAUAUUUAUUGUAUUAUAUUCAUAUUAUUAUAUCUUCGUAUUCAUAUUUAUUGUGUUGUAUUAAUAUUAUUGAAAUUGUGAACAAAAACAAAAACAAAUGUAAUAAUAAAAAAAUACUUUUAUUUUACAACAUGUAUAUUAAAAUAGACCAAAACAUUGUAAAUAUAUAAUUAAAAAACAUUACGAAAACAUUGCAAUGUAUAUAUCAAAAUAAAUGAAAUAAUAAAAAUAGAUAAAAUAAUAAAAAACGAUAGUUGCAUUAUAGAUUAUAGAUAGUUGAGUUGGAUAGUUUGAGCUGCUCUUUCCCCCACUGUAUUGUUAUUAAAUUAUGGGACCAACCAUUAAUGAAUUUUAAAGCCGUUAAAAAAGAAAUCCUCGACCCCUCUAACCACGUAUUAUUUGACCUUUGCAAAUAUCCCGGUGUCUUUAAAAUAUUUGAUAGCCUCUUCUUCUGAAGAGGGCAAUUUCCACAAUGUGACAACAUCCAUAAUUAAAUAACACUAGCUCACAAGAAACAAAAAAAAUAAAAGAAACAAGAGAAUAACUUAGGUUAGAUGAGAUAAGGGAGGUUAUGUGAAAUGAGAUUAGAUAAGAAGGGGGGUUUUGACGCUAUUAAAUAUGUACCCUAAAUACCUAUAUAGCAUUAAACUACUUACAACUACUACAUUUAUUGCAUGUUUUUUUUGUUUGUUUUUCUCUUAAAAAACUCAUUUAGCAUCUGAAGUUUCAUUUAUAGAAAACAAUUUUUUUAAUCCCAAGCCAUGGCCCAUGGAACUUGGGUGGAGAUCUCAAUGUAGCCCACGCGUAAAAAAGUUUGGAGGCCCUCUGUUCUAGCUAAUCAGAAUUUCAAGAGAAUGAGAUAUAAUGUUGAAUUAUGUAUAAUUUAUAAUAUCUUGUUAUAUAAUUUAAAUUAUUAGAUGGAGCUAAUAUUCUCAUUUUAAAUUGAGUUACUGAAAUGAAAAUUUAGAGAUUUAAAUUUUUAUUGUCUCAUUAUUACAUAAUAUGUGGUUUAAUAUUUUAUAAAAAUCAAGAGAGGAGUUGUGACCAACUUGAUAUAAAGAUAUCAGAUUUAAAAAUUCAAUAUAGAGAACAAUAUAUACAAAAGGAAACAACUUGCUAAAACUAAGUUUCUAAAAAUCGCAGAAAUAUGUUUGAAGUUAUACAGCACUUGUUAAACUAAGAUAUUUCCAGAGGGCAAGAUGGGUCACCUGACUCCUAAAGUUGGAAGAAAACAAUUUAAAUAAAAUAGUUACAAACAUUUGGAAAAUUAAUUAAUAGGAACAGAUUGGUUGUUAUUUUUUAAAUAAAAUAAUUAUGAAAUAAAGAUUAAUUCCUGAAAAAAUAAAUAACUGUCUCCUCUUUAAAAUAAUGAACAAAUUCUAGAAAAAGUUAAGAAACAUCAAUAGAGAAAAUUUACUGCCUUACCGUAAGCCAUCAUAAUCUCAAGGAAGAAGAUAAGCCUUACUGGUGGUAAAUUUUAAUUUUAAUUUUAAAAUUUAAUUUAAUUAAUUUUAAUAAAAUUAAUUUUGGAGGAGUGCCAACUGACUGACUUUGCUGAUUAAAGAAACUUAUUUGGCUACAAUUGAUAUCCAACUUUUUAUACUGAUUAUUCAAAGCAAGAACUUAUCAGAAGACAUAGCAAAUGUUAUUAAACAUCUGGCUAAUUGAAAAUCUUUCUCUCAUGGUUGCUGAUGUAGUUUAUAUCCUCUUAAGGAAGCAGAGUUGUAUAAUAUCCUAUGGCUAUUAUAAGCCAUCUUUCUUGAUUGAAAUCAAUAAAAACCAUGAAGAAAAAUACACAAAUCCUAAAAGGAAUUGUAAAUAUAAUAAAGUUGUAAAGAAUGAUGGAGGGCUAUAUUGUAUUCCAUGUGAUCUUUACUAGUUGAUAUAAAUAAAUAUUUACUCUAAACACAAUAUUUUUUAUUUGUUAUCUAUAUACAUUUGUAUAUUUAUAAAUUAAUUUAUUUAAGAAAUAUUAUAUAAAUUAAACACAGGUCUUAUUAAUAUCUUGAUAUAAUAGUACUUAAUUAUUUACUUUAUUUUUAUUUUAUAAUUAAAACUUCAUAUGCUCUUAUAAUUAUUAAUUUUAGCUGUAUUUUUAAUGUUAAUUAUCAUAGUAAGUCUUUCAUAUUUUUAUAAACUUCAAGUAGUGAAAAAUCUUAUUACAUGUUUUAUUUCCUCUGUAUAAUGCUUUACUUAAUAAUCACAUUAUACCAUUUCUAAUGUACAACAUUGCUAGUAAUAAUACCCAUAUUAUUUCAACAUUCAGCCUACAGGAAUGAUUCUCCGAUGUUUCCUCUUUAUCUGUUACUUCUUCUGGUGUUGUCACUUCUUGGUUGUCUGUUCCUAGAAGAAAAUCACUUAAAGCUUUUAUUUGAUGUUUCUUUUGGGCAAUCGUUUUUUCCAAAUUACUUAUAAACGAUUCAGUGAUCAAUUGUGGUAAUACUAUAGCCAUUUGUUUGAUC